CAAAAGAAGAACAAAAUUCAAAGAAGAAGAUAACAUUCUUCUUAUUUCUAAAAAUGGAGGUUCUUCUGAAAUUACCCACUUCAGAUUCUCUUCUUAAGGAUAAAGUUCUUGGAUCUGCUCAAAUCCUUGAAGCUAGUAAGGGUGACGACGAUCAUCAAGAACUUGAAUCUGCCAAGGCCGAGAUGAGCGAGGUAAAGGAAGAGAACGAGAAGCUUAAAGGGAUGCUCGAACGUAUUGAAAGUGAUUACAAGUCUCUCAAACUCAGAUUCUUCGACAUAGUUCAACAAGAACCUUCAAACAACCUAACUCGAGAUCAAAACGUGAAUGGUCUUCAGAAGGCAACGACCGACUUGAGUUCUUUUGAUCAAGAACACGAGCUUGUGUCUCUUUCACUCGGGAGAAGAAGUUCUUCUCCAAGUGAUAACACCUCUAAAAAGGAAGAUAAAGAAGUCAACGCUGACGAAGAGUUGACCAAGGCUGGCUUGACGUUAGGAUUCAGUAACGGGAGUUUAUCUAGCCAGGAAAAUAGCUCCGGAGAAACUUGGCCGUCAGGUAAAGUGACCGGGAAGAGAAGCUCUCCAGCACCUGCCUCCGGUGGCGAUGUUGAAGGAGAGGCCGGUCAGCAGAAUAAUGUAAAGAGAGCUAGAGUUUGCGUUAGAGCGAGAUGUGACACACCAACGAUGAAUGAUGGUUGUCAAUGGAGAAAAUAUGGUCAGAAAAUCGCAAAAGGAAACCCAUGUCCACGAGCAUACUAUCGAUGCACUGUUGCACCUGGAUGUCCCGUUAGAAAACAGGUUCAAAGAUGUGCAGACGACAUGUCUAUACUAAUCACAACCUAUGAAGGAACACACAGCCACCCUCUUCCUCUCUCAGCCACCACCAUGGCCUCCACUACUUCAGCCGCCGCCUCCAUGCUCCUCUCCGGCUCCUCCUCCUCCUCGUCAUCAGCCGCUGAAAUGAUCGGAAACAACCUCUACGACAAUUCAAGAUUCAUCAACAACAAAUCCUUCUACUCACCCACACUUCAUUCUCCAUUACAUCCUACAGUCACGCUAGACCUCACUACACCACAACACUCUUCCUCUUCUUCAUUGCCUUCUUUAAAUUUCAACAAAUACUCCAACUCUUUCCAAAACUUCCCAUCCACAAGCCUAAAUUUCUCUUCUAAUCCAUCAUUAUCAUCAUCAACUACUCUCAGCAUACCCACGGUUUGGGGCAGUGGGUAUUCUUCUUAUAAUCCAUAUCCUUACAACAAUGUGCAAUUUGGGACGUCCAACCAAGGAAAAACAGUCCAAAAUAGCAUGUCCUUAACUGAAACCCUAACGAAAGCGCUUACUUCCGACCCAAGUUUCCAGACCGUGAUUGCUGCUGCGAUCUCAUCCAUGGUUGGAUCCAACGGGGAGAAACAGAUCGUGAAUCCUAUUAGCAACAAUGUUCAGCAAACCGCCACGACGAAUAACAUCAAAGGAUGUGGAAGCUAUUUUAGCAGCUUAUUGAUGUCUAACAUAGUAGCAAAUAAUCAAACGGGUGCGUCUUUGGAUCAACCACCGUCGCAACCUCCGUUAUCUAUGUUCAAGAACUCUUCUUCUUCAUCUUCCACGACUAGUUUCGUGAACAAGGAAGAGAAAAGCUAGUAGCUGUAUCAAAAGAAACUCCAUUGUUAAUUUUUGGGGUGUUUUUUUUAAUUAGGUGUUGUAGUAUUGUAUCAGAAGAUGUUAAUUCUUGUUAGUCCGUUUCUCAUAAGUGUUUUUAUUUGA